GACUGGACACCUGAUCCUACCAAGUCACUGACUGACUCGUCUGUGGUGUCGAACAAAAAGGAUUACUUGUGGUGAUCUGCCGACUGAUUCACGGUGCAAUGUUGCACUUGAAUUGCUGUGCACUAGCAGCCAUGGGAUUUUGUCAUUGGUCACGUAACGAUCUGGGUCUCGUUCAGCCAUCAUGGGCUCUGAUCAGAGAGGUGUUGCUGAAACCCAAGCGCAGGUCUCACAGACUCCUGGCUGGACAGAGGUAGCAAGCAAUGCUAGAAGUUCCAGUGACAAAGAGAGUGAAGCAAACAAAUGCUUUUAGCGAGUGUGUGAGCGCCUUUGAUCGCAAUUCCUCUUGUUUUUGAGAAGUCUUGGCAGUUAGACUCAAUAUACCUCGCAGUACUUUGCUCACAAUGUGCAAGACUUACUUCCCCUUAGAGCAGAUCAGCACCCCAGUAACGUGGUAUUGGUUACACGACCAUGAGAGUCCAAUUGUACCCAGAAAUCACUGCCCAUUUCUUGUUAGAGUGGUCACCUGGGAAGAUUGAAUUGUACCCUCUUUACUCAGUCAAACUGUAAAGUCAACAUCACCUGUGUUGAUAUUACUUCCGCACGUUUUGCACUUGCCCAGCAUUGGUUUGCUUCCCGGCUCGUGAACUGAAUUGCUUUGCUUGAUUUACAGUGGUUAAGAAGCAAGCUGUUGGAAUCUGCUGACCCAAAGUUCAAGGAGGGUUUUGCAGGCUUUGUCUGUGUUUUGACAGAUCUCCCCCCUCGAUAAGGGAUCUCCUGAGGAGAUACGGGGGAACCCGCCGCAGGUACGGCAAGCUUCUCCUGUGCUGAGCGGAGAGCAAGCCUGACCUUGCUUUGAAAUGAUCUCUGUCAGCAGCGUUGGCCAUGUCAAUAAGAGGCUUCCAGGCAGCGGAUCAGUUUAGCACAGCCUCACCUGACUAAUCUGAUUACUUCAACAAGGCUUCUAUCAAAGUGCUGGAGAGGAUCAACUACAAACACAUCUUGAGACAUGUUUAGCUCCAUUUUUAUAUCACAACCAGCGUCAGCAUUCAAGCGGGCGAGAGCGACCCUCCUGAUGUGUCUCGAGUUUGGUCUCCUUUAUGAUCAUGCCAAUAGGGCUAAAUGGAUUAUUUGGAUUCCAGCUGCAGUAAAAGUUCACAUAUUGCCAGGUCAAAAGAUCAACAGCAGACUUUCCGAAGAUUAUCUCAAGAUAUUUUUAGCUCCAGCUCAUAGUUCUUGAGCCUUUAUUAGCAUACUUCUAUGCAAGGAGCGUUGAACUAUCAAUCUGGGGAGCUCCACCUGAAGUCUUUGUAUCUGGGGCGGUUCAGGAAGACCAAAUUCUGCUGCCUUUGUCCAUCCCAAAAUAUCAACGAAAACUGCACCAAAAACCUUGUGGAAGAUGAGCUCAUGUAUCUCUGAGGUACACCACGUAUGAACAUACAGGGGUACCUUGGCGUUUGGAUUUGUUCUGAGCAUACUCGCAACCUGAAGUGCUCAUGACCAUUGGAAACUAUGGGAACUCUCCCCUCCAAAUACACUCCAAACCCAUCGGUCGUGAGGGACCUCACCAGUGGAAGACUCUACCUGGUGGGCUAGCCUCAUGUACGUCCUGACUAGAGGGCAGAGUCUGACCUCAACUGAAGUCCUCUUAACCCAAGGCAUUGCGCGAAUCCUAAAGCCAUGGUUAAGGUAGGUUUUAUUGAUUUUGACCUGUCAUGGCCACCAUUUUUAGCCGCAGAACACGUAUUCAAAUGCUCCACUCUGCCUAGUGAAAUUGUCUCUGAAAGUAACGCCUUCAACUUCUAAGUACGUCUUAGCUGUGCAUGUGCUACGUAGCAAUGGCGUCUACAGGAUCAGUUGCAUCUAUUCUUUGACAUCCAUUAAACAAUGUUUGGGGCAGUGAAAGGUCGCAUCUACAGUCUGCUGCUAUCUGACAUCUUCUGCGGGGCUUUGACAGGCAUGUUUAACUGACUAAGCGCGUGCUACAACCAGGUUAUGUGCGACAGUAAGGCAGCCAGAGAGCCUCGGCGAGGGAUUUAAGUGGGAGCAAGGGGGUUAAAUAAGGCUAAAGGUUCAGAGGGUCUUAAUCUGCGGUGCAGAGAAAUGCACUCGAGUCGUUUGGCUUGUCAAUAACUCGAAUUUUGCUUGCUGUUUACUGGCCAUAGAGUUUUUGUAAACACAUUGACACACAAUUAGAGUUGUCCUCUAACAAAAGAAUCUUUCAUUUUGGACUCUCUUUUGACACUUGUGAUCUUUAUUUUUGAAUUUGAUCUGAGUUUAAUUGUUUUGUUUUUUUUACAUUUCGUUGCGUACAGGACCCAGGUGCAAACACAUUACCAAGUUUUUUUUGGUGGGGAGGGGUUACAUGAAUUUGAAGAGUAGUAAACAAUGAAUUUAUUUGGUUUCUCGAUCAAGGCUUUACACUCCAGUGCAGUUAAAUCUCCGACUACCUUCAGUGACACGUGCAGAUGGUGUGUCUCAACUCAACAAUCAGACCCAACACCCUGAACACUGGAUUAACUCUUCAGUCAGUUGGGGUUAAAAUAGAAUGAUGAUCAAAUCACAGCGUCCGUCUGGCUUUAGCGUUAUCUUCAACAAAAUCCGCAAAUGUUUGUUCCCCCUGUGAACUCAGCAGCGCCCUGGUAAACCACCGCCCCUCUGUCAAGCUAUCCCAGAUGAGAUUAAUCCCUGCGAGGCGGAGUGAGAAGCCAAUCAUCCGCCGUGGACGCAGAGUUGUACGGCUGCUGCUCCACGUGGAGCGCGGCAUUAUUUUAGAGGAAGAAAGGUAACAAGCCAGGGACUGUCGAAGUCAGUCCUCACCUUCCAUGAGCUCAAAAGGCCUGUGAUCUUGGAUUUAAUCAGCAAACCAGUAUCGUCUUUUAGUGACUAGAAUGCCUUUGUUGUCAUUGUCCAUAAAAUGUUCGACAAAAUUCCACGUCUCUGCUGACACUUACUCAUGAAAUUAGAGUUAUUAAAAGUAAUUUGGUUUAAUCAGAGCACAGUUUUAAUGAUGCUGCUAUUGUGUGAUUUAUUAAAAUGCUUUCAUUUACUCGCCAAAAUCAUCUGAAUUUGCAGCUACUUUCACUCUUUAAAACUCAACUAAAGCCGCGGUACACAAACGCACACACUUCACACCUGCUUACACUGUGUUCCCACACUAGUAUGGAUUAAAAGCUAAAGAAGGCUGAGAAGUCAAAGCCUGGCCGUCCUUCCAUCCCUGCCCACUUUAGCCAACAGACAUUUUUAAGUCCAGCUGGGCCUCUGCUCGGUGGUUUGGGGUCGGGUCAGCAAAAACGACCACCGUCCGUCUCUCUGAAGAUGUGUGGACUUGUGCUGCUUUACAUGUCUUUUGUAGAGCUCGCUUUCAAGAGGAGAUAGAGGCGCAGUUUGGAUUACCUAUGCUGUUUCUUCAAGAGCAAGGGCCCGCUCUGCGCAAUCCCACCGGACUUCUCUUCAACCCAGAACAACCCUGACAUGGACCCUUAGACGGAAAACCCCACUCCCGGUUCUGAUGACUUGGGGUUGUGCCGGCACCAGUCCAUCUUUGGACUAGACUCCCGCCGGGAGACGUUCCCACCCACAGACACAAACCUACUUCCCCGGACACCAUAGAAAACGUAGCUUCUCUUUAGCCUGCCGGUGCUUCCGACUUGCCUGCGAGGAAAUGGCAAGUCACAAAGAUCCUCGCCUUCUGCACAACCUCUCCUAUCAUCCUCGAUGGAAACAGAACACUCAGAAAACAAAGCGGAAAAGAUGCAUCCAGAGGGUUGCAAGAGACGACUACAGUGCUCAUAGUGUAUUUCAAUCUUCAUCAGAGUUCUCACAACCAACGCACCAACAAGCACCGUGCUCGCCGGUACAACGCGCGAAAGGCUGUUGGCAAACACGCUUUCUUCUGCCUCUACUCCUGGUCUCUUUUCUUCCGUGUCAUGCCUGGGCGACCACUUUCAAGAUGGCCCUAGUAGGACCUUGGACUUGUGACCUCCUGUACUCAAAAGCUCUCCCUGAUGUUGCAGCGCGCCUUGCAAUAAAUCGUAUCAACAAGGACCCCUACCUCAACAAAGGCUACUGGUAUGACUAUACGCUGAUAACUGAAGACUGCAAGUCAUCUCGUGCCCUGGCUCGAUUUGCUGACCUGGAAGGCUACGGCUCGGCCUAUCUGGGUCCGGCGAACCCUGCGUACUGUGCUUCUGCUGCUUUGUAUGCUAAAGAGUGGGACACUGGAAUUCUUUCUUGGGGGUGUCUGAAACCAGAUAUGAAGAAAGGAAGGAUGUAUCCCACUUUCCUGCGGCCACUGCCCUUGUCCUCCAACGUUCUCUUCAGUGUACUGCGCUAUUUCCGGUGGGCCCAUGUGGGUAUCAUAUCGGAGGAGACCGACUUGUGGGAGGCCACCGGGAACGAGCUGGCGUCUUCACUCAGAGCGUUGGGCUUACCUGUCAACCCUGUGGUGACAAUGCCGGCGAACAAGGACGGACCACGGAGAGCCCUGACCAAAAUACGUGAAACAGACCGCGUCAGAGUGAUCAUCAUGUGCAUGCCUUCCGUCCUGAUUGGAGGGGAGAGCCAGGAGCAGCUUUUGGUCACAGCCUUGGACAUGCGAAUGAUCGACCGUGGCUACAUAUUCAUCCCAUACGACACUCUUCUGUACCCCCUCCCCUACAACAAUGCGUUCUACUACAUGCUAGGCAAUAACACCAAGCUGCGGAAAGCCUACGACGGCGUCCUGACCAUCACUGUGGACUCCGAGGAGUACAAUUUCAACGAUGCCUUUAGAAACGCACAGAACAACUAUGAAAUCCGCAGCAGCACCCCGCCGGAACAGGUUUCCCCGUUCUUCGCCACCAUCUACAACAUGAUGUACUUCACCGCUAUGGCUACCGAGCACGCACGAGUCAGCACAGGCCGCUGGGUUUCUGGCGAGGUCCUGGGUGCCAGCGAAGGCGGCUUUGAUUUCAAAGGGUUCAAUCAGCACGUGAGGGCCAGCAGGAACGGCGAGGGAAUGCAGACCCGCUACGUUGUUCUGGACUACAGCGGCAUCGGGAACUCGCUGUACUCUACUCACGCUCUGGAAGCUGCACAUACUGAUGGCAAGAUCGGCGGCCUGAAAUAUCUGGGACGCUCCAUCCAUUUUGCGGGCAGCACGCCCUACAAGGACUCCAGUUGCUGGUUUAGCCCAUAUUUUGCCUGCUCCGGAGGUCUGGACUCAGCCACUCUGUUCUUCCUCUUCCUCUUCUUUGCCGUCAUGGUUGGGCUUGGAGUGAACUUUCUGAUCAAUUACAAGAAAAGUGGCAGGGUUGGCUUUAGCUUUGGAGGGGGUACCUCGAAUGGAUCUUCUAAGGUGGUCCUGACCCUGGAUGACCUGGUCUUCAUCAACACUCAAAUCAGCAAAAGGAAGCUCAAUGAUGAGAGCAUCAUGAAGAGUCACAUUGACAUGAAAACCCCUCACCACUCGGUGUCGGGCCGAAGCUACAUGGCCUCCUCCCCGGAUAGUUCCAAUGUGGCUGUGUUUGAGGGGGACUGGGUGUGGCUGAAGAAAAGUCCAGUCGGAGCGGUUUCCAGUGUCAACAUCAGCACGGAGAACAUCUUUAUCAAGCUCCGAGACAUGAGGCACGAAAAUCUCAACCUCUUCUUGGGACUGUUCUUCGACUCUGGCAUUUUCGGCGUGGUGACGGAGCACUGCACCAGGGGCAGCUUGGAGGACCUUCUUAACAACGAGGACGUGCGUCUGGACUGGAUGUUCAAGUCUUCCCUCCUCAUAGAUUUGAUCCGGGGGAUGAAAUACCUGCACCAUCGUGGCAUCGUCCACGGACGACUCAAGUCGCGGAACUGCGUCGUAGACGGCCGUUUUGUGCUGAAGGUGACUGAUUAUGGCUACAAUGAAAUUCUGAAUGCCCUGGGCAUCAACAGUGACGAGGAGAAGCCUGAGAAUCUGCUGUGGACGGCUCCUGAGUUGCUGAGAAGUUCCAGUCUCAGGAGAAGGGGAACCUUCGCUGGAGAUAUUUACAGCUUUUCCAUCAUUGUGCAGGAGGUUAUCUCGAGGUCUUCACCUUUCUGUAUGCUUGACAUGCCUGCCAAAGAGAUUGUCAGCAAAGUCAAAGACCCUCCUCCGUUGUGUCGACCGGUCGUGUCCGUGGACGAGGCUCCGCUCGACGUCAUCCAGGUGAUGAGGCAGUCCUGGAGUGAAGAGCCAGAGAAGAGGCCGACCUUUGAGGAUGUUUUCAGACAGUUCAAGAGCAUCACGAAGGGACGGAAGACCAACAUCAUCGACUCAAUGCUGCGCAUGUUGGAGCAAUACUCCUCCAACCUGGAGGAUCUGAUCCGAGAGAGGACGGAGGAGCUGGAGGUGGAGAGGCAGAAGACAGACAAUCUGGUGGCUCAGAUGUUGCCAAAGUCUGUUGCGCAGGCGCUGAAGACCGGCAAGCCAGUGAAACCUGAGCAUUUCAACGAGGUCACCCUGUACUUCAGCGACAUUGUUGGCUUCACCACCAUCUCAGCUCUCAGUGAACCCAUAGAGGUGGUCGACCUGCUCAACGACCUUUACACAUGCUUCGAUGCCAUCAUCGGGCUUCAUGACGUCUACAAGGUGGAAACCAUAGGCGACGCCUACAUGGUGGCCUCUGGAGUCCCCACCAGAAACGGAAACCGCCAUGCCGCUGAGAUGGCCAACAUGUCUUUGGACAUCCUGCACUGCAUCGGCACCUUCAAGAUGCGGCACAUGCCGGAGCUCAAAGUCCGGAUCAGGAUCGGCCUGCACUCCGGCCCCGUGGUGGCGGGGGUCGUGGGUCUCACCAUGCCUCGCUACUGUCUCUUCGGAGACACCGUCAACACUGCGUCUCGGAUGGAGUCCACCGGUUUGCCUUACAGAAUCCACGUGAAUCAAAGCACAGUUGACGUCCUCAACAGCUUGAAACUGGGAUAUAAAAUAGAAGUCAGAGGUCUGACGGAGUUGAAGGGUAAAGGCAUUGAGAACACCUAUUGGCUGGUUGGAAAGCAGGAUUUCACCAAACCUCUGCCAAAACCUCUGGACCUGAAAGGGGGAGGCAACCACGGUAUCAGUAUCGAAGAAAUUCCUGAAGACAGAAGACAAAAGUUCCUGGACCGGCAGAAGAAGAUGGGCUAGUUUAGGUUGUCAGGUUGACAUUACUUGCUUAGUUAAUCAUCUGAUGGGUCACUCGGUCACUCCGUGGAAAGGUCACCACUCCAUUGUUUCUGAGGUUUAAUCAUCUAUUUUUACAUGUGAAUUCAAAAUUCAGAAUUCAAAAAGUUCCACUCAAGUAGACGCUCGUAAUGGUCAGCUUAGUUAGUGAGUUUAUUCAGAUAAUUUGGGCCUAAAAGGAAGAAUUAUGAUUCAUGAGCCUGACUCAGUGCUGUAAUGGGACGCAACACUGAAGGACACAAAUAUUAUUUCCAAAAACUGAGCAGAUUGUAAACCACUUCUGAGCUAUAUUGACAAACGCUUUGCAUAAACGUACUUGUGGGGCAACGUUCUGCCUGGUAAAUGAGUUAUUUAGUUUGAAUAUGUGAUUCAAAUGUCAAUUAGAAGUCAACAUUUUAACAGUAUUUCAAUACUCUUAACAACAGAGCUCAAGCUAUUUCAUUAGCUUGAACCACUACAUCAAGCUUUUCACCUCAGUGUUGGCUGUUGCAUUCAGAGUCGCUUCCUUUCUGGAUAUUGAACAGCCAAUAUUAGUGAAAACCACGACAUCAUAUCAUGAGUCUCUGGAGUCUGUGGUACAGAAGAAAGACUUGUGUGCCGAGUCAAAAGCAACAAGAGCUUUUAUGAAGCAAGACAACAAAGAUCUCAGUCAGCAUGAGUGAACAAUCAUCAGCAGAUUGAACCUUUUCAUCUGCAUCUUCUGUGUCGGGCUCCCUGCUAUUAUCUUGUCCAUUUGAUCGGCCCUCGGGUUCCGCACAUCAUGGAUGACACGCGUGACAAAAGCAGUUUCUGUGUCGCUCGUUUUUGAACUGCGAUUGUGUAAAUACUGUAUAUUUGUACAUAAUUAGUGUGGCUUUGUGUCCUGCCAAGUGAAGGACGAAACCCUGGGACCGAAACUGCUUCCUCUCUGAAAAACUUGGAAGUGGAUGAUGGUGAGCUGAACUUCCAUCCCUGUGUUUGGUCUGCUGGUCACUUCCAACACGCCGCGUCUCUGCAGCAGCUCAUGCUCAUCCUCAAUCCAAAGACUUUUGUGUUUCCAGCCGCACAUGACGGAACAUCUCAGUUAGCAUCUUCAUCAUCUUCUUUUUUUUUGCCAAAUAGAUAGACCCAAUGUUUUUAAAAUGUUUAAGUGAAUAAAAUAUUGUU